AUGAAUAAUAAUAAUAAACGGUUCAAUCCAUAUGUCAGCGUUGAUGCGGGGGAAGUAAUAGUUAUCUCUGGUAUCGCUGGACGAUUUCCUAAUUCUGAUAAUAUGAAAGAAUUUCAGGAAAAUCUUUUCAAUAAAAUGGAUCUUGGUUCGGAAGAUCAUCGCUGGACCAACUAUGCUUAUGAAAUGCCUGCUCGAAUGGGAAAAAUGGACAAUAUAGAAAAAUUUGAUGCGAAAUUUUUUAAUAUGUCAAUCGAAGAAGCUCAUACGCUUGAUCCUGGAAUUAGAAUAUUGCUCGAAAACACUUAUGCAGCAAUUAUUGACGCAGGUGUCAAUCCUGCAGAAUUGCAAGGAACAAGGACGGGAGUUGUCACAGCAAUGUCAAAUUCUGAAACAUCUCUCAAUGUAAUAUACGAAAAGCCUCAUAUUGCUGGAUUACCCAUGCUUGGUUGCAGUAAAAGUAUGUUGGCAAAUAGAAUUUCUUACUUUCUCAACGUUACUGGACCAUCGUAUAACAUCGAUACUGCAUGUAGCACGAGCAGUUUGGCUAUGGUAAAAGCUUACAAUUUGAUUCGAUCUGAAUAUUGCGAUGCAGCUAUUGUCGCUAGUGUCAGUUUGUGCAUUUAUCCUCAAGUAACUCAACAGUUUUAUCUUCUGGGAGUUUUAUCCGCCGAUGGCUACUGUAAACCUUGCGAUGAAGAAGGUACCGGUUACAUGCGUAGUGAGGCGGCUACAGUAGUGUUCUUGCAAAAAGCAAAGGAUGCAAGAAGAAUCUAUGCGACUUUUGUUUAUGGUAAAGCCAACUGCGAUGGUUUUAAAGAAGAGGGAAUUACUUUUCCAUCAUUAGAUAAACAAAAAUUAUUAUUGGAAGAAUUUUACAAAGAUUGCAACGUUUCGCCUCGUGAGCUGUCUUAUCUAGAAGCUCAUGCAACUGGCACUGUAGCCGGCGAUCCAGUGGAGCUUCAAGCAAUCGACAAAGCUUUAUGCAUCAAAAGAGAUUUUCCUCUAUUAAUGGGUUCAGUAAAAUCGAAUAUUGGACAUUCUGAACCCGUUAGCGGUCAUUGUCAAAUUGCAAAG